AUGAAGUCUGUCAAUCUGUUAAUCAUCCUUCUCGGGUGCUUUCUAUUUGGCGCUAUCGGGUCCCCAGUAUCAACGGAUGGCCAUAUCCAUGAUAAACGAGGGCUCGAGGUAACCAAUGGGGAUGAAAUUAUCUUGGUCAACACACAUACCGGUGCUAAGAAGGACAUAGCAGCAAUCAGUGAAUCGGACCAGACAUGGAUCGAAAAACACACAACCAAGAUGAAAAGCAGGAACAUACCAUUUCUCUCCGCUAUCCAUGCGUACUACAACUAUGACCCUCUAGGGAAAGGAAAUAAGCCUAUAGCAAAGGCUGAGGUUCACUUCUGGCCGCCAAAGGAUGAGAAUAAGCAACAGCAAGAAAUUAUGAAAACAAAGCUUGACGCCGCGAAGAUCGAGUGGAAGAAGACCGACGCAUACAAGAAUUUGAAACAAUAUCUUGACGAGCUUAGCAAAGAUGUUGAGGUCUCGAAGAUUAUCGGCCUAGGCUGUGGAUCCUUGGACGGCCUUAACCCUUUCUCUGAAGCAUCCCAGACACGAAAUAGGGGACGAUCUUACAUUCAACUAGCAGCCGUGCUUACGAUGCAGGAGGACCUCAAGAGUGGACCUGAAGUCAUCUUACAAGAUCCAACCUAUGGAGAUAACGAGAUCGAUUUCAUGACCAAAUCUGGCUCCUCAGGCGGCGUUCAAGUCACGAAUGAUCCUGAUGCUUUCGACGCUAUAGACGAAAAAACCAUUUUUUUCAAUAUAGGAGGAUACGAGGGAUUUUGGUAUCGCAUCGAAAAUGGUCCGACACCGGUCGCUAUAAUAACUGAUUCUCUUGAUACGACCAUUGGGAACCGGCCUAUGCUGAAACCACAGUCGGACUUGCUCGAAAAGUACACCGACCCCCAGGAAGUUGCACCCGCAGGUACGGAGGGACUAGGCAGACACCCAACGAAGUUCUGGACGAGAGCGUGUAACUAG